AACUAAAAACAUCCGGCUUCGUAUCCGGCACGCUCGGGUUUCCGCUAUGGUGAAUUAAAAACCGCUGGAUCAACGUGAACGGUGACCACAGCAAAGAGAAACGUUGAACAUGAAAUGUGUUGAAAUGAAGACGCCGGGGCCUUUGUGGCUUCGUUCCCUUGGGGGAUUUUUGGUUUUCGCCAUCGCGUUGAGUGGCGUAACUGGCAGAUCCGACGCUCUUCCUUUGGAGGAAGUUGAAGAGAAAUUAACGCGACACACAAGAGCCACAGAAGAGGAGGAAAGGCUAUCAGCGUUAUACGGAGAUAACUUUGAGGGAGAUAUUGUUUUACCGACGGGCUCCAGAAAUGCCAUCAGAAAUUUCAAUCAGAAAUGGACAAAAGGAGUUGUGCCGUACGUUAUCGAGGGUAAUGUGGCUUCAAAGGGCAGACGAGCCAUUAGUGCAGCCAUCGCAGAUUACAAUCGGUUCACAUGUAUCCGGUUUAUCCCGAGAACAAACGAGAACGCGUACGUCAGCUUCAGUUCAGCCAAUCAAGGGUGCUACAGUUCCAUAGGCAGAACAGGAAGAAAACAAAUCAUCAACCUUCAGAACUCUGGCUGUUACUACAAAGAUAUCGUCAUCCAUGAAAUGAUGCACGCCAUUGGCUUCUGGCACGAGCAGUCCAGACCUGAUAGAGACACCUACAUCCGGGUAUUAUUUCAGAAUGUCAAAUCAGGAAAGCAGCAUAACUUUAACAUAGCAAGGGGCAGUACCACACAACAGUUGCCGUACGAUUAUCACAGUGUGAUGCACUACUCGAGGAAAGCGUUCUCUAAAAAUGGAAAGCCAACACUAGAGAGCAAGACCAGCGAGAAGAUUGACCCCGCCGACGAGUUGACCAGUAUUGACAAGAGGAAGAUAGCGUUCCUUUAUUAUUGUGAGGGCAGAGAUUUUAACGAGUGUCAGGUGAACAAUGGCGGCUGUCAGCAGACGUGUCUGAACACAGAGGGCUCCUUCCGGUGCACGUGUCGUCAAGGAUACAAUCUCACAGCAGAUGGGAAAACUUGCAAGCAAACCUGGACCUGCGCCACAUACGGCUGCCAGCACUACUGCAAUCAGCAGAACGUCACAUACGAGCCCGGAUGUAGCUGCAAAACUGGAUUCAAACUCAAUGACGAUAAGAGAACCUGCUCUGACAUUGACGAGUGUGCUAGCGGACAGAAUUCAUGUUCUGAUAUCUGCGUCAACGAAAUAGGAAGCUACCACUGCGAAUGUCCGACUGGGAAAAUUCUGGCCAAUAACCGGACAUCAUGUAUAGAUCCCCGGCCAUAUAUCUGCCCUCAGCCUCCCAGCCCCCUCUACGGCUCCAACGACUGUGACAAACCUUCUUACCAACCGGACUCCGUGUGCAUACAAAGUUGCCCCCAAGGAUUCAAUAUGAUCGGGGACGCCACUAUGACUUGCCAGGACAAUGGAGCGUGGACAAACCUGAACACAAGAUGUGAAGACAUAAAUGAAUGCGAAACCAACUCCGGUGGCUGUAAUGAGCUCUGUUUUAAUCAUCCGGGUGGUUACAAUUGCGGAUGCAACAGAGACGGUUUUUCAUUGGAUAAGGACGGGAAGACAUGUAUAGACACAGAACCUCCAGUGAUAACACUCUGCUCCAGAAACAUCGCCGUCCCAACCCUUCCCACCCAAGACUUUGCAAUGGUCACGUUUGAAGAGGUCAAAUACACCGACAAUGUGAGAGCCACCGUAAUCAGCGGUCCUCCCUCAAAUAUAGCCAACUUACCGAUUGGUAUACAUCAAGUCAAGUAUGUCGUUGCUGAUGAAGCUGGAAACAACGCAACGUGUGCAUUUGUCAUCCAGGUCAAAGACGUGGAAGACCCGGUAUUCAGCGGCUGUCCAGCUUCCAGAACGAUCUACAACGACCAGGGUGUCUUCAGAGUCCUUGUCAACUACACCGACCCGGUGGCGUCAGACAACUCUGGUAACGUCACAGUGCGUGUGACGUCACCGGAAGGGAAAAUGUUCCCCUUUGGCACCACGACUGUGACGUAUCUUGCCACUGACGACAGCGACAAUUACGCCAUCUGCAGGUUUACUGUCAGUGUAACACGGCCAGCUGCCUGUCCUAAACUCGCUGAUCCAAUCAAUGGUCACCUAACGUGCUUCGCGUGGGCGCACGGUUACGCAUGCACACCACACUGUGACGAGGGCUAUGAAUUCCUGGAGGCCCCGCCCACCAGAUACGUGUGUGGUCCCAGCGGUGUGUGGUUUCCUAAUGCCACGGUGCCUUCCUGUUAUAGUGAGUACAUGGUUACUGAGGUGAAUUCUGAAUGCAAACAGUGAGCGUUAUAUUAGAUC